AUGAACAGCGAACAGCAUGCAUUGCCAGCGACCACGCAGGCACAGCAAGAGGAAGUAAACGCGGGUCAAAGCAGUCGCCCUUCUUAUCCGGGUGGCUUGGCUGCCGCCACGAGUGUCGGGAAUGUAGGGAGUACAGUCCCGCAUUCGUCAGCGGACCUGCGUGUAGGUACAGCUGUAGCGUUAGCCGCCUCUUCGCUAUCCUCUCCGGCAAAAUUCUGGCUCCUGAAUCUGUUUCCUCCUGGAUCACUGCCCCAGGUCUCGGUGUACCACCACCACCACAACUCCACUCACAGGGGAGCUAGCGGAGCCGUAGGACCUGGUCCUCCUGGAAACGGCUCCGGGCCAGCAGCAAAAGAAGGAACUUUGUCCCAGGAAAUGGCACUGGCUACCAAUGCCCACCACCAGACGUCUCAUCAUCAUCACUCAUCUGGAGUGGCUCCUGGUCACCACUCUUCCCUGCAGUCUAACCCCCAGAAAAAUAACCGUAGUAUGACAUACGUUUGGUUUCAAGUACCAGAUUUAAAAGCUGGAAGCCAUAUGAUGGAUGUUAGAACGGCAGAUGGAUCAUUAGUCAAAAUAAGUGCGGGUAAUGAGCAAGACCUUGCUAAAACUCUUAAUGUUGAGAUGGUACAAAAUAUGUACAAGGUUAAUGUCGAAGACAUUAAUCAACUGCUGGCCUAUCACGAAGUGUUCGGUAAGCUCCAAAGUGAAAUAGCUGCCGGAACAACUCUAGUCGGCGGUACAGUGCCGACACAAACUGUUACCACUAUCCAGAAUGGUACACCGCUGGCACAACAAGUGCAAUUGAAUAAAUUUGACAUUACCAAGAGCGAUGGGGAGGCAACACCUGGACCCAGCGCCUCCCCAGUCUCCGUGGGCAGUCACGCGUGCGAGGUCUGCGGGAAGAUCUUCCAAUUUCGCUAUCAGCUGAUAGUUCACCGUCGUUACCAUACCGAAAGAAAGCCGUUCACGUGUCAAGUUUGUGGCAAAGCAUUUUCAAACGCAAACGACUUGACUCGUCACGGCAAGUGCCAUCUUGGAGGCUCUAUGUUUACCUGUGCCGUUUGCUUCCACGUUUUUGCGAACGCACCAUGUCAAUAUUGCGCAAAGACUUUCACACGGAAGGAACACAUGGUAAACCACGUGAGAAAACACACCGGCGAAACGCCUCAUCGCUGUGACAUCUGCAAGAAGAGCUUCACCCGCAAAGAACAUUUUAUGAACCACGUAAUGUGGCACACUGGCGAGACACCUCAUCAUUGCCAGGUUUGCGGGAAAAAGUACACGCGCAAAGAGCACUUGGCAAAUCACAUGCGUUCUCACACCAAUGAUACGCCUUUCCGCUGUGAAAUUUGCGGCAAGUCGUUUACAAGAAAGGAGCACUUCACGAACCACAUAAUGUGGCACACGGGUGAGACACCUCAUCGCUGUGACUUUUGUUCGAAGACAUUUACCCGGAAAGAGCAUCUAUUGAACCAUCACACGGGUGAGUCACCGCACAAGUGCCAGUAUUGCACGAAAUCCUUCACGCGCAAGGAGCAUUUGACAAAUCACGUACGUCAACAUACAGGCGAGUCGCCCCAUCGUUGUCACUUCUGCUCAAAGUCAUUUACACGCAAAGAGCAUUUGACGAAUCACGUCAGAAUUCACACCGGUGAGUCUCCGCACAGAUGCGAAUUUUGCCAGAGAACAUUUACGAGAAAAGAACAUCUCAAUAAUCAUUUACGACAACAUACUGGAGAUUCGUCUCAUUGCUGCAAUGUUUGCUCCAAGCCGUUUACCCGAAAGGAGCACUUGGUAAAUCACAUGCGUUGUCAUACCGGCGAAAGACCAUUCGUUUGUACCGAAUGCGGUAAGAGCUUUCCUCUGAAAGGCAACCUGCUCUUCCACAUGCGCUCCCACAACAAAGGCAGCAAUGCUGAGCGGCCUUUCCGCUGUGAUCUCUGUCCGAAAGAUUUCAUGUGCAAGGGCCACUUGGUGUCUCACCGACGCUCCCACUCGGAUGAGCGACCCCACAGCUGUCCCGACUGCGGGAAGACUUUCGUCGAGAAGGGCAACAUGCUGAGACACUUGCGGAAGCACGCCGCCGAGGGUCCGCCGACCCAAGUCACUACACCAUCAGCGAUUCCGCAAACCGGGGUCUUACCGAUUCCUACAGCCGCGGCCGUUCUCGUCGGCCAUCCUCUGGUUCCACCCGCGCCUCCAGUCGUUCCACAACACACCGUUGUUGUUCCUACCCCACCGGGUGUGCUUACUUCUUAUUGA